UUUCUAAAAUUAAAUAUCCCAUUUAUUAUCCACGCGUUGGUAUUCUAAAUCGUUUAUCGAUCUAAAUAUCGAGUGUGUCUUAGUGAUGUUUCAAUUCCGAUGGUUCAAUACAUUGAAAAUAAUAAUUCACAUGAACAUCCCUAUUGUACUUAUGACAAAAAUGGUGCCCGUUUACCAGCUGGCACUUAUUGUCUGAUGAUAAAAAAUCAUCUCUACAAUUUAAUAAUACACACCUGGAAUGGCGACUGUGCUUGAUUCAAUUAAACGUUAUCAGCAUAUUAUAGAAAGUAAUUCAGACGACGAACAUAAAAUUUUAAAAUGCAUAAACAGAUUAUAUCAUUUGGCCGUAACAGUUCAACACUUACAAGAUACAGGUGUGGGACGGACAAUAAAUGCCCUACGAAAAGACCUGGAGCAGUGGGCCCUGCAGCUCGCUCUCUUGUCCAGAAAUGGAAGGAGAUGGUGGAAGCAGACGAGAGUGACGAGGAUGGACAUCAAUAUCAUGAAACAUCAACACAUAUUGACCAUGGCAGCGGAAGAGAAUCAGAUGAUAAUGGAAGGCAGGAUUUAAGAUCCAGUAACACUAAUUCUACCUCUAAAAUGAAUGGUACUAACAGUGGAACGAA